AUGGCCCAGGCAACCGAAAUUGUCUUCUUACCCCUCAAAGAGGGGAACGAUCCUCACGGCGAACAGUUGAAGGGAACGAUUGAAACCAUCCUCAAGCGUGGUGGACCGUUGCGCCUCUAUUCUGGUCCUCAGGUCGAACACCCCAACAUUCACAAUUUGUUCAUCGAUUGGACUAGCAUCGGCCAUCAUGAGAAGUUCAUGGAGUGGGAGGGAUAUAAAAGCUUUCUAGAUGGCGCUGUGACCCAAUGCGAGAAACCACCCAGUCUCUACCAUGUCCAUUUCGAACCAUUCCCGCCGUCUGCGGCUUUCUCAGAGGUAACCGAAUUUAUCACAAUUUACUUCCCUGCCAACUAUUCGGCCGAGGACCAAAAGACGUUUCACGAAAACAUGAAGAAGUUUGGGGUGAACGUGACGCGUGACUGGGAAGGAUGCAGGGGUGCCGUGGGCGGUUGGGUCGCAGAAGAGCUCGAAGACCCCAAGACCUCGGAGAAAGCCAGAGCCUACGUCGAGCUCAUUGGAUGGGAAAGUGUGGAUUCGCACAUGAAGUACAGGGAAACACCGUCAUUUAAGGACAACGUCCCUCUCCUAAGGGGUGCUAAGGAUCUGAAAAAUUUGGCGAUGGUUCAUGUCGCAACGAAAGAGGUCAAGGCGUGA